AACGCAUAUAAAUGCAGAUGGGCGUUCCUCAGGGGCAAUAUAUAAGACCUAGUUUAAAAGCAGCAGCGCUUUAAAACCAAGUCAAGGGGUGCUGCUGUCCUUCGCGCCGUUCUGUAGUCACGUGAGCGAGCGCAGCCAACCACCGAUCGGACUGAGCAGCCCCCUCCUCCCGCCUUCUCUCCAUUGCGCAUUCCGGCAACUACAUCGCCAGGCGCAAGCAGCUGAGCUCUAUCUUGCAAUAUCGGUCACUUUGUCUCGAGGCGAGCACUGUAAAAAGGUCUCUCCUGAAAGCGACUGUCUUCCUUUUUAGGCAUCUAGACUGCAACAUCUUACAAUGCGUCCCAUGCGCAUAUUUUUGAAUGAUGACCGCCAUGUCAUGGCAAAGCACUCCGUGGUUUAUCCCACUCAGGAGGAGCUGGAGGCUGUACAGAACAUGGUAUCCCACACAGAGCGGGCCCUAAAGGCAGUCUCAGACUGGAUUGACCAGCAGGAGAAAGACUCCGGCAUAGAGCAAGAAAAUCCAGAGCCAGAAGAAACCGAGACAACAGAGGAGGGCAAGGACAGUGAAGCAAAGACUGGAGAAAAUCCAACAAGGACUCUUCGUGGCGUGAUGAGGGUUGGACUUGUUGCGAAAGGGCUUCUACUGAAGGGAGACUUGGACCUUGAGCUUGUUCUGUUGUGCAGAGAUAAACCCACAAUUUCUCUUCUGAAAAGGGUGGCUGACAACCUUGUCUUGCAGUUUGAGACCGUAUCCGAGGAUAAAUACGAAGUCGUACAGAACAUAAGAGAAGCUUCAAUCGUCAUCAAAAACACUAAAGAGACCCCUCUGACUCUUCACAUUCGGCUCACAUCCCCCCUGGUCCGAGAGGAGGUUGAGAAACUGAGUGCCGGAGAAACGCUAACAGUCAGCGAUCCUCCGGACGUUCUGGACAGGCACAAAUGCCUUGCUGCAUUGGCGUCACUCCGACACGCCAAGUGGUUCCAGGCUAGGGCCAAUGGUCUGAAAUCCUGCGUGAUUGUCAUUCGUGUGCUGCGGGACCUGUGCACACGUGUACCGACAUGGGAGCCUCUUCGUGGAUGGCCUCUGGAACUUCUUUGUGAAAAGGCAAUUGGAACAGCAAACAGACCCAUGGGUGCUGGGGAGGCACUGAGGAGAGUUCUGGAGUGCCUGAGCUCUGGGAUCCUCAUGCCAGAUGGUCCUGGAUUGUAUGACCCUUGUGAAAAAGAUGCUAGUGAUGCUCUUGAGCAUCUUGAAAGGCAGCAAAGGGAGGACAUCACACAGAGUGCACAGCAUGCAUUGAGGUUAGCAGCUUUUGGCCAAUUGCACAAAGUCUUGGGCAUGGACCCAUUGCCUACAAAGAUGCCAAAGAAAACCAAAAUUGAGAUACCCAUCAUUGACUAUACAGUCCAGAUUCCUCCCAGCACUACCUAUGCCAUGCCAGCUCUCAAGCGCCCUAUUGAGGAGGACGGAGAAGACAAGUCGCCGAGUAAGAAGAAAAAGAAGAUUCAGAAGAAAGAUGAGAAGAGUGAACCUCCUCAAGCUAUGAAUGCAUUAAUGAGGCUGAACCAGCUUAAGCCAGGUCUGCAGUACAAGCUAAUAUCCCAAACAGGACCUGUACAUGCUCCUAUCUUUACUAUGUCAGUGGAAGUCGAUGACAAGACGUUUGAAGCUUCAGGUCCUUCAAAGAAGACUGCAAAACUUCAUGUAGCAGUUAAGGUGCUGCAAGACAUGGGUCUCCCUACUGGUAUAGACGAAAAGGAAGAAUCAGUUGAUGAAUCUGAAGAGAAACCAGUUUUACAAACUCCAUCACAAACCGCUGAUUCUGAACAAGCUGAUUCUUCUGCAGGAGAUCAAUCGGAGAGUGGAAAGCAGCAGGGACCUAUUCUUACAAGGCAUGGCAAGAACCCCGUCAUGGAACUGAAUGAGAAAAGGCGUGGCCUGAAAUAUGAACUGAUUUCAGAGACUGGUGGAAGCCAUGACAAGCGAUUUAUAAUGGAGGUUGAAGUUGAUGGCGUGAAAUUCCAGGGAAAUGGCUCUAACAAGAAAGUGGCAAAAGCUUAUGCUGCGCUUUCUGCCCUGGAAAAACUCUUCCCAGACUACACGACGUACACAGAAGCUCCCAAGAAGAAGAGACCUCCUAUGAUGCCAAGAGGUGGACCCAAAUUUGCAGGAAAGCAUAACCAAGGUUUUGGAAUGAUGUACAAUGAGGUACCCCCUCCCCAAGUCAUGAGAGGUCGUGGUAGGGGUGGAAUGAAUCGUGGCAGAGGAAGAGGCCGAGGUGGAUUUGGUGGUGGGAACUAUGGCGGCUACAUGAAUUCUGGUGGCUACGGCGGAGGUUAUGGUGGAAACAACUAUCAAACUUCUGCAACAGCAGGUUACAGUCAGUUCUAUAGCAAUGGAGGAGCUUCAGGUAAUGCAGGAGGGGGAGGUGCAGGAUCUGGUGGCUACAGCUCUUACUAUCAGGGGGAAGGUUAUAAUGCACCUACUCCACCAAAACCUUUUGUGAAGAAGCCACCCCCUCCUCAACAACAGCAACAACCACCUCCACAGCAUGCCAGCAACCCUCCCAAACCAUCCUAUAACCAAGGCUACCAGGGCCAUCAAGGUGGGCAGCAGCAGCAACAACCACAACAGCAGCAGCAGACUUACAACCAGAACCAGUACAGCAAUUAUGGUCCACCUCAGAAACAAAAAGGUGGCUACAACCAGGGGACACAGGGAGCUGCAAGUGCCGGCUCUUACAACUAUUCCAACUCUUACACAGGAGGCACAGCCUCAGGGUACGGCAGUGGAGAGGGUGCAGGAGGGCGAGGUGGCAGCUCUUACACAGCGCCAAGCUCUGGUUACAACACAGGGGCGCACACCAGCUAUGGUGCAGCCAGCAGUACCUCAUCGUACCAAGGUUACACACAGUCGAACUACAAUCAAGGUCCCCCCGGACAGAACUACAGCGGCCCUCCAAAUAAUUACCAGCCCCCUCAGGGAGGAGCAGGAGGUUAUGGCAGGAAUACAGAUCACAACAUGAGCUACCAGUACAGAUAGACUCUCUAGUCCAUCAGUCUCCUUCCAAGGAGUCCCAAGCUUUUGUUACUUCUCGUUUUAACACGCCAUUAAGGGGAUGUUCUGCUCUUAACCUCCUCCUGGUUGCAGUGCUUUUAUGUAACGGCAUCACUCCCUUCUAAAUGACCUCUUUUCUUCCAUUUUUGUUCUUAAAUUGGCCCCUCAGCUGUGUUGUCAUAAUGCUCGACCUCCCCCGGAAGCAGCCUUGUCUGUAACUUGUAAUUUUUUGGGUUUUUUUAUCCACCUUUUCAUAAACUUGGAGUUAUAGAGAAACAUGGUCUGGGAAGAGCAGCUAAAUAUUUCAGGGGGAGGGAUGUAGUCGAUGAAGGUUUAAUAUAAAGGUCACCAAAACCUUUGUGCUCUUGGGAUUUGACUUUCACCCUCCUUUAUAAAAGUAAUAGUGACCUGGCAGUACGAAUGGCUGUGUAGGAAUAUUGUACAUUUACAAUCAACAAUUUUGCUUUAUUUUUUUGCAAAUGUACGUUUCAUAACUCCCCAAUCAAGACAAGCUAUUAAGGUUUUGCACUACCCCCCCCCCCCCCGAAGCAUGAGAAGGUGGUUUAACCCCUCUUGGGCAUCAUUUUCUUUGUUCUGCUGCAUCAGGCACUUCCACUGCUACACGUAAGAGAGGGGGGACUCAGCCUGUCUUUUAGGCAAGGGAAGUUUUAAUCCUGGGCAGAAUCUUCAUCCAUUUUCACCUCCAUUUCCUUAUCGGUAAAAUAAUUCUGUGAAGUGACUUAAGCUUUGUGUAUUUUAACGCGUUAGUGUUUUUGAAAUGUUUUUGUUUUUCCCUCCGUUUUAUAAGUGAAGAAUUUAUUUUAAGAAUACAGUGGGA